AUGGUUGCUGAACUUGGACAAUAUGUUCAUGCAAUUGGGACGGAUUCCAACAAUUUGAUGGAACUCCGAAGUAUUGAAGCAAUUUACAUUGAACCUACAAAAGAAGAAUGCACUGGGCACCAAGUGCUCAACCUCAAUACUAAGAAGAUGAUUUCCGACCCAAGGUUGUUGUACUACCCAGAUUUGGAGACAUUUCAAGAUGGCGAUCAAAUUGCAGGAGUGGAUGACAUGGAACAAGGUUACUUAGAAGAAGCCUUUGAUCAGGACUAUGAACCUGAAGAUGAAGAUGAAUGUGAUUUCAAUCUACGUGGACAAUUCGAUGAUAUUGAUGACUCCGAAAGAGAAGAGCUCUUGGCACAUGUAGACAAUGAUGUCAAUGAUAUGCCAGAACUCACUGUCAGAUUCCAAGGAGAUGAUGACUAUGAAUCAGACGCCAAUUCGGGUGAUGAAGGCGAUGAAGAGGAAGAACCUAUUGUGGCCAAUUUAGAUCACCAUCAAGAAAAUGUCGAUAGAGGAACCGAUGAAAUUGGGAGCCUCCUUACUGACCUUGAGGACCUACAAGAGCCGCCAGAAGAAGAGAUUGUAUUUGAGCCUGAAGAGCCUCAAGUGGCAAAAGUCACUCGAUCUGGGCAAACGUAUGCGCAAGCUGCAAUGUCUGGGCUGAACCUUUCCCAAGUUCCCAAGAGACCAAGAGAAUGGCCUUCAAGCAUGAGUGGCAGUUCUGCCAAUAAGAACAAGAAUCGAGUUGCGACAAGACGCAAGCAUCAAGAGAGAGAAUUGAAACUGUUGAAGAACAAGUUAAAAUCUGGCAUUCGUACCAAAGAAGGAAGUUGCAGUACUAAAGACAGUAAAGCUAUCCUUGAAGCACAGCACAAUUUAUGUUUCCAGAGAUGA